AUGGUUACCAGAAAGUAGCCUCUACAUUUCCUGCAUUCCUAUCCCUGUGGAUUUCACAAUCAUUAGAAGGUUAACAAGCAAAUAGGCUGCACAGGCUGUGCUUGACACUACUGUUACUGCAGGGACAAACUGGAUUUUUUUGCCUUUAUGAAUCUUUUCACACUCUUCUGGAAUUAUUUUCUCAGAGCUGGCAGCUUCAGCUAAAGACAAACCAGUUUACUGACUCCAUGGAGAUGAACUAAUAAGUUCUGCUUUAAGGAAUCCGGCAAUACAGUCUCACCAUCAUGAUCACAUGGCUGUUAUUUGUCUCACUGUUCUGCAACAGUGCACAAGAUGGAAAUUUAAAAGACGAGGCUGUUUUUCACUGUGGACCAAAGAAUAUAAAGGUUACCACUUCAGACCACAGAAUCCUGGUAACAUGGGAGGAUGACCAAAUGUGCAUGUCAGUACAUGACGUGCUGAUGUAUGAACUGGAGGUGCUCAUAGCUGACAAGCCAGUACAUUAUAAGGAAGUCGCUGUUACUCCAGAUCAGAUAGGAUCUACUCAUUCCUGGAGCUGGUCACCCCAUUUACCAUUGGAGUGUGCUUCUCUCACAAUACAGCUCAGGUCCCGGUCCGAAAACUGGACAAGCCAGUGGGAACGGGAGCAGCUAAUUCCUGCAGGCCACAUUCACUCCGUUAUGCCAGAGGUUUAUCCACGAGACGAGAUCUUUCAAGUUGGCAGUAAAGCUACCUUCUGCUGUGUUCUACCAACGGGAGGAGUUUUGAGGAAACUGUAUCUAACUGGACAAAGCAGCACUAACCGGGAGAUUAGCAAGAUCAACAAUCAUACAUAUACCCUGACUGUCGACUUGAACAAACCAUCAAAGACCAGUUGCACCGAUAUCAUUUGUGAAACAACGACAUCUGACAAUGGGGCUUGUGCUUACGUUGGAUAUCCACCUGCGGAUCAAGAUCUCACCUGUGAAACUCAGGAUUUCCAAUCAGUUGAGUGUCUGUGGACAGUGGGACGAAACACACACUUGGCUAUCGGGAGUCCAACAAACUAUCAACUACUUGAAAGUAAUUGUGCGGAGGGGUCCAAUGGGAGAUGCUCUCACAAAGUGCGAGUGGAUUUUGGAGAGAGGAAUUGGACUUUAACAGCACAAAACAAACUUGGUACAGUCAAGCUCACUGAUAGGGCAGACCUAACUAAAAGAGUGCACAUGUUUGCCCCACAACAAGUUAAAGUCUCAUCAGUGAAUGCCAGUAAUGUCAGACUAGAGUGGGAUUGGGCAAUACAAAUGUACAACGAUUUCAAUACAACAUGCCAACUAAACAUCAGUGAUGGAGAAACACAUGCAGUAAGAGAAUACUAUGUUGGAGUUGGUCAUAAUUUUGCAGUCAUAUAUGACUUGAUUCCCAACUGGACAUACAAGGUGAUGAUGCGAUGUGGAACAACUGAACAUUUCUGGAAGUGGAGCGAGUGGAGCUCAAGUGUCGAGUUCCACACGAUGGGCGAUGUUCCAGAUGCUCUUGAUAUAUGGAUGCAGAUAAAAGACAGCCAAACUAUAAUCACUUGGAAAGUACCACUGGCCAACCAAAGCCACGGCGACGUCAUAGAUUAUGAAAUUAACUGGGCACCAACCUCUGAAAGACAAAAUCAAUCAAGAGUGAUCGUGCACCCAAAGCACAGUUUUGCUCUUCGUCUGGACGCCAUGAAAGAGUAUGCAGUCAGUGUUAUAGCCAGGAAUAAAUAUGGAAACUCUUCUCCUUCAACUAUCACCAUUCCGAUCCUCAAUGCAGGAAUUAGUAGAGUUAAGUCAUCAAGGGCACGAGGCAUUAACGGUGGUUUCAACCUGUCUUGGUCCUCCAGUCCAAUCGCUAGCUGUGGCUACAUCGUGGACUGGUGCCCCAUGAUAGGCCCGUGCAUAGUAGACUGGUUGAGAGUCGCUCCCACUGAAACUAAUGUCAGUGUAUUUUCAAAAAAUUUAAGAGAGGGAGUUAGAUACUUGCUAUCGAUACAUGCCUGCACUCAAGGAGCUCCAGUGUUACUUGAGCGACUAGAAGGAUAUGUCAAAGAAAAAAUCAUACAAGACAAUCUUUUUAAAACACUGAAAUGGAAACAGAGGGAUAUGGAUGUUGUGGUGUCCUGGGAUCCUUUAGCUCUGCAAGAGCAGUCUGCUUUCAUCAAAGGCUACAUUUUAUACUAUCGGGACCACAACAGCAGCAGUAUCAUGAAUGUCAGUACAGACAAUCCCCAGGACACCAGCUUAACAGCAAGAAACCUUCAAAUCAGCUCUUACACAUUCACAGUAAAGGCAAAUACAACUGUCGGACAAUGUGGUGCUACAUCCAUCAUUGUCACCUUGAAUUCACUGACUGAUAACUUGAUCAAGGCUGUUGGCAUCACCAUUGCAACUAUUUUUGUUCUCCUCUGCUUAAUUGUCACCCUUUGCUACAGAAACUGGGAAUGCAUCAAACUGAAGGUCUAUCCUCCAAUUCCAAUGCCAGUACUGAAGGAUAAAUGGAUGACAUCACUGACGAAACAAAGUUGGCGUCCAGUAUUUGUGGAAAUGAAUCACCAAGCUGAAGCAGAAUUAUUGGCUAUCCCUGAGCUGCAUUGCAAAUCAGAACCACCAAUGAUGGGUUGUGCUGACCAGGAAAACGUUUCUUCAGAAACGACAAACGGAUGCUGUAACGAGCCAGUUGAAAAACUCGCCACACAUAGCACCACUGUUCCAUGUCAGCUACCAUUACUACCACCGUCACCACCACCACAAUCAUUAUCUCUUGCCAAGGAUGAACAUCUCAACCCUUCAUUAAACCUGAACUCAUCAAACUCUUUAGCGACAGGUUCCAAUGGAUAUCAGCCACAGAAGCAAAGGGAACACCUAGAAGAAGCUCCACAUAAUCCUUUGCCUUGUGUCUUAACUUACAUUUCGUUGCCGUAAAUACCUUCAGAAUAGUUGAUGCACACUCAUUUUAUUAUAGAGUAAGAGAAAUAUAGAGAAGUAUAGAGAAACAGUAAAGACACUGAAUAGCACUUUUGUCGUUUACAGAACACAUAAAGCACUUUACAGCAUCAAUGUUCACCUGAAAUUUUAUGUAAUGUUACUUCGCAUGCAAUUGUUACAUUAAAAGUGAAUAUCUUGUUAUUUUUCAAGAUAGCAUAGAUUAAAAAAACGGAACACAAACAGUAAAGUGCAGCUCUUUUUUCCCCCCUUAUGAAUUAGUUCAGGAUGGGCAACUUAAAUGAUGGACACAGUUCUUAAUUUCCUCAUGACAAAAUACAAAAAUAUAUUCUUAAUUCAGAAAAAAAUAGUCUGUGUGAGUGUGGGCCAUCAUAUGCACCAUUAUAUGUAUUUAGAUUUGACAAUUACUUGGUAGUAUUUCUAUCUUCAAACAUCACACAAUGUUAAUACUAAAGACAUGGCAACAAUGUUAUUUAGAAUGUGAGGAAUUCCUCUUUCAACAUCAAAUUAAACCAUGGAAGUAGGCGCUGGCCUUAAAGCAAAACAUGCCAAAAUGGUUAGACAAAUCCAAGACCAUUUUUCUCAGUUGAAAAGGGGUGGCGUGACCUCUACAGGUCAGGGAUGAGAUCCUGUUCUUAGUGGAGGAGUUGAACUAUCUUGCGGUCUUGUUCACAAAAUGUGGGAAGAAUGGAGCUGGUGUUUGGCAACCGAACUGGUUCAGCGUCUGUAGUGAUGUGGCCUUUGCAGUGCACUGUUGUAAUGAUGAAGGAUUCAAGCGAUCAAAAUGACUUUUCUCACGUGUGCUCGCCUUGAGCGAUAGGAUGGGAAGAUUAAUCAUCUGGGAGAGGUGAUGAGAGUAAUGAGGAGCCAAAUGAGCUGGCUCAGGUUUAGGUGCGGAUCCCACGCGGACAAGUCUUGACAAAAUGGGGAGAGUGUAGUCUCAAUCUCUUAGUUUGAUGCCCCUGCGACCCGACACCUGAUAAGCAGAAGAUGGAUUGUUGCCUUUUAACUAUAUAUUCUCUAGAUUAAAUUUUUCGCUACUUACUAAAGACCAGUUUUGAUUGACAUUUCUUGAGAUGUAUUUCUAUGGGUGUAUUUUGUAUUGGUAUUAAUUGGACUGCGUCCUAAUGAAAGCCAUCCAUUUUAUUAUUCUUAUCGGGAGUCAGUAAGGUGGGCAGAAAUUCGUGGUGAGGCCCAAACUUGCCUCUUCCCAGCCAAUUUUUAUAGCUUCGCUUAAAUUCUCCAUUGUGUCAUGGUUCUUCCCUGGAGCCUUUACUUAGUAGGACGUGUACCCAGAGGUUCUUUCUAUAUGGGUUACAAAAUCGGUAACAAAGGGCGUCCUUCUGGUCAUUGACGGCUUCCCUCACUGCUGGUAUCCAUCAACGUGGCUACAGUGGUUACUGCCACAACUAGCAUCAUCCAGUUUCGGUGUAGCCUACCACCUCAAUAAUGGAAAAACUCAUCCUGGUACAUCCUAGGAUGUGCUAAAAGUUCUUCCAGAAGUGAAAAUUUAAAUAAAUUCUGUCACAAAUA